UCAUGCGGAUAGUCGGAUAAAUUAUUUAGUGUUGAGAAAAUACGCGGCUGGUGUACGCGCGUUUCGUGUGUUUCGUCGCGCGUUGUUUUUGAAUUUGGCACUAUUUUUUAUUGGAAGUCGUAUCAGAGGAUUUUUUUUAAUUAUGGCGUGCCCUAUGAGGUCGGUGACAGACGACUCGGCCCAAGAUGGUGACCACUUGGGCAACGAGGCUGGUAUGCUCUAUGGCGAAUACCUGAUGCUGGACAAAUUGCUCAGUGCUCAGAGGAUGCUCAGCGCUGAGUCUUCCAAACCUGUUCAUGACGAGCAUCUGUUUAUAGUGACACAUCAAGCGUACGAGCUAUGGUUCAAGCAGAUAAUCUUCGAAGUGGAUUCGGUGAGGUCUCUGCUGGACGUGGAAGGUCUAGAUGAGAGUCACACCAUGGAAAUCUUGAAGAGGCUAAACAGAGUCGUACUAAUUCUCAAGCUUCUAGUGGACCAGGUGAUGAUCCUGGAAACCAUGACUCCACUCGACUUCAUGGACUUCAGGCACUAUCUGCGACCGGCGUCCGGGUUCCAGAGUUUACAGUUCCGACUUUUGGAGAAUAAGCUCGGUUUAAAACAAGCUCUACGGGUGAAAUACAACCAAAACUAUCAAACUGUAUUCGGUGACGAUCCAGAAGCUAUGGACUCUUUACAUAAAUCUGAAGAAGAGCCAGCGCUACUAGCCCUAAUAGAGCGGUGGUUGGAACGCACGCCGGGCCUCAUAACACACGGGUUCGAUUUUUGGGGCAAAUUCCAGGCUGCAGUUGACAAAAUGAUCAGGGAAUCUGUUGAAGAAGCUAUGCGUGAACCAAACGAAACGGUUCGUCGCCAUCGUCUGCAAGACGCGGAGAAUCGCCGAGAGAUCUACCGCUCCAUCUUCGAUCCCGCCGUGCACGACGCGCUGCGGUCCCGCGGCGAGCGGCGACUGUCGCACCGCGCGCUGCAAGGCGCCAUCAUGAUCACGUUCUACCGCGACGAGCCGCGCUUCUCGCAGCCGCACCAGCUGCUCACGCUGCUGAUGGAUAUGGACAGCCUCAUCACCAAGUGGCGCUAUAACCACGUGAUAAUGGUACAACGCAUGAUCGGCUCACAGCAGCUCGGUACAGGCGGCUCUUCGGGUUACCAGUACCUGCGCUCCACACUCAGUGACCGAUAUAAAGUGUUCCUGGACUUGUUCAACUUAUCUACGUUCCUUCUGCCGCGUUCCCUCAUCCCGCCCCUGGACGACGGGAUAAAGAGGGACCUCAGCCUUACCUGGGGAGAUCACAUCAGGGAAAAUGGACACAGCGCCAAAGAAAACGGGGAAAAUAAGAAAAAUGGGGAAAACCACCAAAACGGUUUGGAUGAAUUUUCAAAACUUACUUUGAAUGAAAAGAAAUCAUAACGUUAAAUAAUAAAUUAAGUGAAAUAAUUUGCUUAAGCUUUAUGACGUCUGUCAAUUGACUAUAUUAUGAUAAUAAAUAAUAAAUAAAAAAAAAACCAAAACAGCAGAUAUCGAAUAAAAAGACUUUUCUGGAGGAGGAGAAUCUGUUAAAAUAUUUUGUCUUCUAUAGUUAACAAAUGAAUAAAUAGAGUGAAACAUAAAUAUGUUGUCCAGGACUUUAUAAUUUUUAGAAGCUGAAAGCCUGAAAGUUUAUUAAUCCUUUUUAAAAAGCUGUAUAAAUUCGAAAAUUUUAAUUUUACCAUUUAGCUUUGGACUUUACCUUUGACACAAACGUUCUUAUAAAAAUGUCUAAAGCUCUUUUGCGUUGUGUAAUUCAAAUAAAAGUUCCUGAAUUCCAAUAAUUAAGUAUUUAAGGAAAUUCUUGUCAAUUAUUACUUGUGACGAAUAAAAAAAAAUAUUAUAAAACAA